CAGGCUUUGAAUGGAUUUCUAAUGAUGAUGACUCAAAAUGGAAAAUUAUUAUACAUAUCGGAUAACGCAGCUGAAUAUUUGGGUCAUUCUAUGGAAGAUCUUUUAAUUCACGGUGACAGCGUGUACGACAUUAUCGACAAACAAGACCAUCAAGCAAUACAAACGGAAUUAGUUAGAAAUUCAAACUCACCGUCCGACGACGACAGAAUGUUUUUAUGCAGAAUGAACGUAUCUAGAAAUGCAAGAAGACAAAUGAGAUUCGGUGAUCAAAAAGUCGUACUUGUCCAGGGUCAUUAUUUAUCAUUCUUGCCGCUUUGUAGCAGAAACGAACCUGUGUUCCUAGCCACAUGCACACCAGUUGCAAUGCCCGAAACGAGAGAAUGCGUCGUACAGGGUGCGACAAACGUAUUCACGUCAAUACAUUCAAUGGAUAUGAAAUUCAUACACAUAGAUAAAAACGGAGAAUUUCAUUUAGGAUUUCCCAGACCUGAAUUACAGGGAGCUUCGUGGUAUCAUCUUUUACAUUGGGAUUGUAUGAGAGAAGCACAAAGCAAACAUAGAUUAAUUACACAAUCAGAACAAGAUAGAUCUUGCAUUUUGUUACUUAGACUGCAAAAAAGAACAGGAGAUUGGUUGUGGGUUCAUUGCGUCCUUCAGGUUAAAGAUAAUAUGGAAAACAGUCAACAGCCGGUUAUUGUUUGUACAAAUCAAGUUUUAAGUGACAAAGAGGCUGCGGUAAUGUUAACAAAUGGCUGGCUUUAUCAUUAUUACAUGGUACAAAGUAAGCUUCAAUAUGGACUCGCGUACGAAGCAGCAGCAGCGACGAGAAUGGCUGCUGCAGCUGCUUAUUAUCAUCCUCAUUCCCAACAUCCUCAAUCCAUAGGAACAUAUCCUCAUCACAUUGGCCAUCAACAUUUGGAAUCUUCUCAUCAUCAUCAUCAUCAUCAUUCUUAUUUACAACAUCAAAUAUCUCCUAACGAAAAUCAUAAUUCUACUUCCGGUUACAUUCUUCCCCAUAACUCAUCUAAUUUUAAACAAGAAAGAUUAGAUCCGGAUGCGACGCCGGUUGAUUAUUCCGUACAUUCGCAGUCCGAAAUACAAAACAGAUCAAAUAUCACGGAUCAUUAUCAUCAGGAUCAUAAUCAAAAUCACAUAAAUCACGACGAAAACAGAUCACCCCCGGUAAUUCAACAUACGUCGCACAAGAGAAGAUCGGUUAAAUUAGAAAAUGUAAAAAACGAAAGUUCUCCGAGAGUGUCACCGAAUUCGGAAAUAAUUGUCGAUUUAGAUAGAAACGGAAGCGGAAUGUACACGAGUGGAAAUGGAGGAGUAGGAGGAGGAGGUGGUGGAGCUUUAAUGUUAGCGGCGACGCCGGUUCCUUUACACUCUUUUGUGAGACCACGAGUACUCAUAAAGGGAGGAAUGGUAGACCCCGCAGAAUUUAUGGAACAAUGGAAUCCGAGUCCUCCGUGGAGCGACACCACCGUUCAAAAAGUUCCGGAUAUCAUUCAUCAAGAUCUCAGCCCCUACGUGACUACCACGCCGCCGACACCGACUGGAACUCCUUCGAGCCUUUCGGUCGGAAGUUUGUCUCAUCAACCACCUCAUUCGGCAUUUUCAUUUGACUGGGCGCCCGAACAAUACGUGCCUACUUUACAACACCCUAGGGCGGUACCUUUGGCGGACGAAGAGCAAAAUAUGAAUUCAUCGUGGCCUUCAGAGCAUAGACUGUUUCCCCUUCAGCCUCCUCCUCCGCCACGAUUAUUACAACCACCGCCACCAUCAUCCGUACUAAAAAUGGAACAGGAAACGGAUUCAUCAUCGAGGAAAGGUAUUAUAUUUUUUCUUUCUAAACAUUUUACCGCCAUAUUUAAAUAA